AUGCAAGAGCAGAGCACUUCCCGAGCGAACAAAACCACACUUAACUCUUUGGAAAGCGCUAUUAUCAAACUAAAGAAUAACUUACAGAUACAGGAUAACAAAUCUACAGACAUGACAGGCCUUUUGAGCAUCGACGCUUCGGCAGAUGAUACAAAAACCAAUACAAGUAAGGGAACAGUUUCAUCUUCUACGAACAUAAACCUAUCUAUUGCAUCCGCUGCAUUGUUACAAGAAAAUAUGCUACAACGAUCUUUACAAGGUGUUGUUAUAUCGCUUCAAAAUGCGAUGAUGAAUUCAUUGCAACAGGCAGCUUUAUUGCCAUCAAAUUCGGCAGCUGCAGCAGCUCUCAAUUUACAAGCUUUAGAAUCAUAUUUAACUUUACAACGUCUAACUACAGUGUCAUCUGUCAACAGUAAUACACAACAGAAUGCUAGUGAAUGUAAUACGACAACAAAACAAGACAUAUUAAGGCUUGCGACAGCUAGCGCUAAAAUAACUGAAACUGAUGUCUCUGAAAGCACGUCGAGAGUAAUAUCCCCAAAAACACCAGAAGAAUAUCCUUUAUCUGACGCAAUAGCAGCAGAAGAUGUUGAUUUAUCCGAAGAAGUUGAAGAAGACUUAGCUUUACUGGACAACGAAGACGAGUUUACUUUAGAACAGCAUCUGGAAUCGACAUCAAAAGGGUAUUGUUACAAUUCAUCUCAAAAUUUAGAUAAUGGUUAUCCAAGUUUGCUAAUGAAUGCAAUGUAUCAACAACAAAUGAAUGGCAACCCACCUCAAGCACCUCUUUCUCCUCAACCAUCUAAUUCGUCUAGUUCAAAAUCAACAAAUAGUUCAACAUCUUCAACUGGGAGUAGCAUAUCAAAUAAGCAGAAAACUACGGGCAGUGGUACAAGAACAAAAAAGCAAUUUAUAUGUAAAUUUUGUAAUCGACAAUUUACAAAGUCUUAUAAUCUCCUUAUACAUGAAAGAACACAUACGGAUGAACGGCCCUACUCAUGUGACAUCUGUGGAAAGGCUUUCCGACGGCAAGAUCACCUUAGGGACCACAGAUACAUACAUUCUAAAGAAAAACCAUUCAAGUGCCUUGAAUGUGGAAAAGGUUUUUGCCAAUCAAGAACGUUAGCUGUACACAAAAUUCUUCAUAUGGAAGAAUCUCCACACAAAUGUCCAGUAUGCAGUAGGAGUUUCAAUCAAAGGUCUAAUCUUAAGACACAUCUGCUUACUCAUACGGACAUAAAGCCUUACAACUGUACCUCAUGUGGAAAAGUAUUUAGAAGGAACUGUGACCUAAGGCGUCACAGCUUAACACACAAUUUAGUUAGCAUAUCGUCAGUAAACACAUCACCUAUAGGAGUUAAUGAAAAAAGCUCCUUACUAAAUCCUAAUUUUCCUAUCGAUAAUUUAGAUACUGAAGAAGAGAAUUAG